GCAGGCGCAGAUGCAAGCGAUGCUACGAGCGAUGGCAGCGGGAGCGAGGAGGAGGGGGGGACGAGCUCUGCUUGCCUCCUCCUCUCUUCUCGGAGGAUCCCUUCUCUACACCACCUUGAAGCCUCCCGUGAGGGCUGAGGCGCAGGAGCCUCUGAGCACGCAGAGCCUGAGUGACAGGAUGGUACAGACGCUGGGAUUGAAGAGCUGGAUCGACUGGGUGGUGGAGCCAGCGGACAGAGCAGGACUUCCUCCAGGGAAACUUCUCCCUGAUCCUCCUGAAACAGGCCCCUCCUUCACACACAGGACGCUGGUUCUGAGCCUGGAAGACACGUUGGUCAACACAGAAUGGGACCGGAAAAGGGGACAUAGGACAAAGAAGAGACCAGGGCUCGAUGCUUUCCUUGCGCACAUGUCCCAGACUUACGAGAUUGUUAUUUUCACGAGUGCCAUGAGCUCCUAUGCUCAGCCGAUCGUGAUGAGGCUAGCGGAACAGCAGCCAUACUUUGAGCAUUCCCUGUACAGGGAGCACACCAAGUACGUAAACGGGAAGCACAUCAAGGAUCUCUCCUUCCUCAACAGAGACCUCCGCAAGGUGAUCAUUGUCGACACGAACUCGGUCAGCUACUCCUACCAGCCUGACAAUGCUGUCGCCAUCAAACCUUGGAACGGAGAUUUGAACGACACGGAACUGAUCGACCUCAUCCCCUUCCUCGAGGCGAUUGCGAAAGAAGACAUCCAGGAUGUCAGGGAAGUGAUCCGCUCCUUCCAUGGCACCAACGUGCCGGAGAAAUUUCGGAAACUGAGGCAGCAAGCCCUUGAGCGGAAGAAGAAAGGCACACUCGUCGGCAGCCUCGUGAAAGUGCCGCAUGGAGUGCUACCGGUCCUCACCCCCAUCCUCACUCGUACUCAUGCGCAUCAUGCGCCGCACGUGCUGCAUGCUCCCAAGGCACCUCCCAAACCAGCCGAGACCGAAGAGAAGCCCGCCAAGAAGAAGACUGUGAUAGAACUUGCACGAGAAAGCGGAAAAAUGUAGACGCGUAGAACUAACGCUAUGUUUGACGAAAAGACUUUCUCUUAUGGCAUUCUGAACA